CGAGUUCUCUUUCCUCACUCCCUUGUUUAUGAAUAGCUCCUAUCGUUCGUGUCCCACACCUGUGGUUCACUCACUUGAUUUACUCUUAGGGGGGGACCCCCUUCCCCCUAAGAACCCCCCUUUAACGUUUAGCAGUCCUGGAUUCGAGUACUUGAACUUUAAAGACAAGACGGCAUGUAUUGUUAGCCCUAUAUCUGCGAUCAACUUAAGUCAGAGGGACUCUUAUGUCUGCGAUCAACUUUAAGUCAGAGGGAUUAGGCUAACGUCAUAGAACUAUAAAUUCAGUGACUCAUGAGGGAGAAUUCCUGGGACAAUAAUACUGUCUGUUUCACCUGAUUAUAGCUACUAGACGCGCUAUACCUGACCGACGGUGGCUCCAUACCGGAUGCUAGGUAAAGAGUUUCCUUCCUAAGCUUUAAAAGUUUUUGAAGGUUCUCCUUACCUAUCCGGGAGGUGAAUUAGAGGGAAGGGCAGCCCUCGCCCCCCGGGGUUAUAGAGUUCCUAGCACUAAAACCGUAGGUUUUAGAGGAACUCUAUAGCUUAAUAAAGGUCUUAAAGGCCAUUUUAUUGGCCUUUAAGCUACUAUUAAAGAAGUUCCUGUAUCCAUACCUUAUAAAGCUCACAAAAGGACCUUUAAAGAGCCUAUUGUUCUAGUUAAGGUUACUACAGGACUACUACUGAUGUUACUAAAGGACUAGCUAGCUCUUAUCUAACUCAACAGCUCUAGCCUACUCUUAGAUAACUCUAGCCUGGUCUUAGCUUUCCUUCCUUAUUACUUUACUAAUACAGGAGUUGAAAUAGAAGCAGUAAAGUCCUUACUCAAUUCCUUAUCAGGAAUUGCGGACUUGUUCCCAUAUUAGCUCAGAGUCUAGCUUUAACUCCCUAUCUCCUUAAAGGUUAUCUGUAGUUUCCUCUAGUUGAUUAGCUCGAAACUCAACUCCUAGCUAACUCUUAUCUAAGGAUUAGCUCUAGCUUUAGAUUAGAUAAGGAUUGCUCUUUUUAGGUAACCCGUGCAUACAAGGUAUUUUUAUAAACUAGCUACUAUCGCUCCUGACCCUCACCCGAGGGUCAGUUCGCUUGCUAUACUUUAUCGGUCGUUCAGUCGCUCCCUCUUCCUG